AUGUUUUUCGUUUCUUCCUUCUCUUUCUUUCUAAUUCAAUAUUUCAAUAUUUUUUUUUACACCAUUCAUUCACCAUUUUUCUUUCUUUUUCUAUUCUUUCUUUUCUUCCAAUUUUGUCUUUUCCAUUUAUUCAUUCACAUUUUUCCUUCUUGCCCUUUUAUUUGUUUUCUCUUCAUUUAUUCCCUUGAAUAUUUUGUUGCUCCUUUUUUCUUUCUUCUUUUUUCAAUUUCUUCGUCAAUCUAUUUCUCUUAUUGCUUUUCUCCAGCAUUUUUUGCUCUUUUCUUUCUCUUUUUUUCAUUCCACUACUUUCUAGCUCUACAUUUUCACUUUUCUUGCUCUUUCUUUUCCUUCUUUUCUUCCAUUUUCUUCUCUAUUCCUCCAUAUCAUUUGUUUUUUCCUAUUCGUCUUCUUUAUUCAUUCCAUCUCAUUUUUCCUUUUUUGCUCUAUCUUUUCUUUUUCUUCUUCUCCAUUCCUUCACAUAGUUUUCCUUUAUUUUCCUUUCCUUCUUCUUCAUUGUUUCCAUCUCAUUUUUCCUUUCUUUUCUUCCCCCAUUCCUUCACAUUGUUCCCUUUUCUUUUCCUUCCAAUUUCUCCUUAUCCAUUUAUUCCAUCUUGUUUUUCUUUUCUUACUCUUUCCUUUCCCUUCUUUUCUUUCAAUCCUCCUUUGAUCAUCAUUUUUCUGUCUUGUCUCCAUUCUUUCAUUUAA